GGUACUUUGGAACCUUUUUAAAGCCGGAUAAAAGAACGGCACGCAACAGAGAUUACCAAUCGCCAUUGUCAUCCGGGCAAUUGGUAAAAUUAUGGCGGAGAGCGUGGAUAUUGAUUUGUAUGAAAACAUUGAAGAGGGCUUUGACCAGGAUGGAGAGUUUGGUCAAGAUGCAGAUUUAUAUGAUGAUGUCAUUAUAACACAGUCAUCCAGCAAUGAUAUAAAAGAGUCGUCUGGUUUAUUGUCACCGACUUCAGAUGAGCCGAAAAAGAACAAUGUACCUUCCUCAAUGCCAGCUGGUUAUACUGGCCGCAGGUUCAGUGUUUAUGUUGGAAAUCUUACCUGGUGGACAACUGAUCAAGAUUUAACAGAUGCCCUCAGCAGUAUAGGUGUAAAUGAUCUGCUAGAAAUAAAGUUCUAUGAAAACAGAGCAAAUGGCCAGUCAAAAGGGUUUGCUAUAGUUAUCGUAAAAUCAGAGAUGUCAUCUCGUGCAAUAUUUGACAAGCUGUCACGUAAAGAACUACAUGGACAGACACCCAUGGUGACGCACUGUAACAAGCAGGCUCUGAACAACUUUGAGGCACAGGCGAGGAAAGGUGAACCCCCACCGCAGCAGAAUGGAGGAAACUUUGGUCGUGGACGUGGAGAAAGCAGACCAGAUCAGCCACCAAGAGCACCAGCCCCUGCAUCUCAGCCACAACAGCAGCCACCUCCUAGAGCACAGCCUGGUGUGAGACCUCCAAAUCCAUUCCCACAACCAGUCCGAGGCCCUCCGCCAAACAUGGCAGGGCCUCCGCCGUCACAAGGCCCUCCUGUUGUUACAUCAGGGCCUCCUCCUAAUUUCUUCCCAGGUAGGAUGAUCCCUGGUCAGCGUCCAGGAAUGCCACCAGUAUCAGUACCAGUUAGCAUGGCUCAUGGAGGUAUCAUGGCACCCAGAAUGAAUCAGCCCCCACCUGGCAUGCCACCCAGGCCCGAGCACCGACUGCCACCACCAGGCAUGAGGCCCGGGGCACCUCCAGUUACGAGCAUUCUACGUCCUAUUGCAGCCCCAUACCCAGUGCGAGGCCAAGCCCCGCCCCAGCCAGUACCCCCUCCAGGUAUCAGAGGAGUGGCUCCAGGUAUUCCAGGUAUGCCUCCAUCACAGCCUCCACCAGGAGUUCCCCCGCCAGGACAUCCAGUGGCACCACCUGCUCCUCAUGUCAAUCCAGCGUUCUUUCCCCCUGCUCACGGCUCCGCUCUGCCUCCUCCGACAUCUCAUCCAGCCCCAACAGUUGAUCCAUAUGGAAGACCGCCUCCAACAUCCACAUACCCUCCCUCAGAUCCCUACAGGCCCGCUCCUGACAGAUAUGAUCCUAAAAGGAGUGAGCCCCCAGCACCACAAUUAUCCGAACAAGAGUUUGAGGAAAUCUUUCAGCGAAAUAAAACAGUUUCUAGCAGUGCAAUUUCCCGUGCGGUACAAGAUGCAAGUGCAGGUGACUUUGCUAGUGCUAUAGAGACUCUAGUCACAGCCAUAUCAUUAAUAAAACAGUCAAAGAUUGCCAACGAUGAUAGAUGUAAAAUCCUCAUCAGCUCUUUACAAGACACGCUUCAUGGAAUAGAGGAAAAAUCAUACGGAUCCAAUCCAAGCUCCAUGAAACAUACAUCAUCUGCUGUAGUGUCACGGUCAAGAGAGCGCGGAAGGUCUCGCUCCCGUGAACGUGAUCGUGACAGGGAACGUGAAAAGAGAAGCAGACACAGGUCCCGUAGUCGUGAAAGGGAAUAUCGAGAACGUAGCCGUGAAAGAGACAGUCGAAGAGAGUACGAGGAACGACACAGAGAAAGCCGAAGUGACAGACGGGACAGUGAUCGUGAUAGGGAACGUGAGCGAGAGUACAGGAGUAGUCGUCAUUAGUUACAUUUGGCGGAAUUGUUUAUUUUAAUUGUACAGAUUUGUCAUUGAUGUGUUUUCGGUCCCUAGAUAUGUACAUAUAGUGUGUAAACAUUUUCUACACGACAUAUAAAAAAUCAUGUGUUCAUUGCGUAUUGUUGACUAGAUAUGACAAUACACAUGUGCAAACUUGAUUCAAUGAAAUAAAAAAGGGAUGAGGAAUUACACUGGAAAAGAACAGAAAGGAGGAACAACUACCAGAAAGAAUUGGUACACCACAAAGGAACAGAAAGAUUGAAUAACAACAGGAAAGGAAAUGAAAACACCACAAAGUUUUGGAAUUACAUGAUGAAGGAACUCAAGUACAAAUGUAUUUUUUUGUGGAUGGAAAUAAUUAUCUUGUGAAAAUUAUUAAACAUUGUCUCCUUGAUAUGUGUAGUGAAAAUUCUUGAACAUGGAGGAUUUAAAGAAUGCAGGAAUAAUUAUUUUCUUUUUCAGGGCUGGGGCUAAGGAGAGGGUUGGGGCUUUAAAUUCAAUUCACAAGCCUGUUUGUCUAUAUUUAAAAUAAGGGGUGAAUAAAACAGGCUUCCAAAAAAGUUACCUUGGAGAAUGGGAUGAUAAAUUUUGGGCAAAUUUUAAUGUUUCGGGGGAAGGGGGAGAAAUUUGAGGAUAAGGAAAUUUUAUGUUUUUAUGUCAUUAUGGAACUAGUAUAGAACUGUUCUAAAUUAUACAUUUACAUGUCCAGAAUAAAAGACAAAAUUUGA